AUGCCUCCGAGUAAGAAGAAAGUUAUCUACGACGUGAAGGAAGGGGAUCUCGUGCUCGCCAAAGUCAAGGGAUUCCAGCCCUGGCCCGCUAAGGUCAUAAGCGCAGAGGAAGCACAGAAAGCUGAUGUGAAAUUGAAAUUUAAGCCAAACAAGGUCUAUGUAACCUUCUUCCCAUCCGGGCAAUACCGCGCGUGCAAUCCCGCGGAUGUCACCCCCUUUUCCGCGGAGCUGCGCGAGCAGCUGACUGCGCCGACCGCCAGGCGCGUAUCGGCGGACUUCUCGAUGGGACUGGCAAUGAUGUGCGAGCUGCAGGAUAGGAAGAAAGAAGCGCAGAUGGCGGGGGAGCAGGGGGGCGCGGCGGGGCCGGCGCAGGCGGUGGGGGAGAGGUCGGGGGGCGCGGAAGACGCCGCAGCUGCUGCACAGCAGCCAGACCAGGCCGCUGCUGCAACCGCAGACUCCGCUGAUCCUAGAGCGCAGCCCGAGCAUGCAGGAGACGCAGCUGCCGCCGCUGCAGGUGCCCCGGGGUUAGCCCACGCUGGUCCAGGCAGUGAGGCGAGCCAAGAUACUGGGACAGGCGGGAAGGAUGAGGAUGCGGCAGGGGGACUGGGGAGCGCUGCAGCAGUAGCUACCCAGCCCUUGGAAAACGGCGGAGCGGGAAGGUCACCAACAGAGUCGAUACUGGAAAACGGGGAGCGGGAGAGGCGGAGUGGGGAGGAUGGGGAGGGGUUGGGGGUGCGAGGAGCGGACGCUGGGGGGGGAAUUGUGAAGGAUUUUCACGUUGUGGGGCCGGAUAUUCUCAACUCCGCGUGGCGGAAGCGGAAACGGUUGGAAGAGCUGGGGGAUGUGGGCGCGGCGGAGAAGAGGAGAGAUGCGGGGGGAGAUGGGGGGGCGGGGGUUGGGGCGAGCGAGGGGGAAGCGGGGGAGGGUGGGGAUGGGCGUGAGGGCCUGGCGGCGAGUGGUAUAGAAGCUGUUUUGAACGGUGGUAGGAGAGUGGCGGUUGGAGGGAAGGAUGGGGAGGAUGGGGACGGGGGUAUUGAGGACGGUGGUGUGGCGAUGGCUGAGGAGAAGAAAAGCGGAGGAGGAGGAGGAGUAAAAGUGAGCGAGAACGCGAUAAAAGGAGGAGACUUUGUGGGACCUGACGGCGUUGCGACGGAGGUGGGAGAGCAGAAAGAAGCGGGGGGAGCUUUUUCAGAAGUUGGUUCGAAGGCGGAUGGGGAAACGCGCGAGAAGGAGGAGGGGAAGCGUGAGGUUGAGGUGAAGGAGGGUGGAGAAGGGGCUGUAAGCGCUAAACAUGAAGCAUGUGUUGCUGAAUGUCAAGCAAGCGGAGGUGAGAGCGUUCCAGCGCGAGUGGAAGGAGAUGCAAGUCGGGCCGUGGCAGGGGAUGGUCAGACGGACGUGGUUGCAGGAAGUACGGAAAAGCAAUCCGCUGCAGCGACGGUAGUCGAAGUGAAAGUGUUCACAGAUGGAAGCGGAGGAGGCGAGAGUGCUGGUGGGGAGCUGGUGCAGGUGGUGGCGGUUCAAGAGAUUGUAGAAAGUCACGCGGAGGCCGAAGGGAAGGCAGAGGAGGGGGCAAAAGCGGAGGAGAUGAGUGGGAAGGAUGGUGGGGAGAAGGAGGAUGCGAGGGGGAGGGAUGGGAGGGCGAGGCUGGAGCAGCGGCCUGCGAUUGAGAUACUGAGAGCGGUGAGAGUGCAGGGCGUGGGCGGGUGGGUGAAAACCCCUGCACCUGCCUCUGCUGCUGCUGCUGCUGCUGCUGGCGCUGCUGCUGCUGGUGUUGCUGGUGCUGGCGGUGCUGCUGCUGCUGGUGUUUCUGGUGCUGGCGGUGCUGCUGGUGCUGACGGUGCAGCGUUUUCCCGUGAGUCUGGUCAAGGGGAGGUGAGGCAGACGCGGUCGAGUGCAGGGAGGGCAAAAGAGCAGGAGAGGGAAGGGCGGGGAGAGGGAGUGAAGAGUGGCGUGCAGGCAUUGUUGCAGGGAGGGCAGAAGGGAGGGGCGGGGGAGAGGAGAGCACUGAAAGGGCUUGAGGUGCUUCAGAGGGCGCAAGGCGCGCAGGCCAGAGAGGGGGAGAGGGCGGAGGGUGGUUCUGGGCGAGGGGUUGGGAAGGAGAGAGAGGGCAAGGGAGAAGAGAAAGGCAGCGGGGGGGAGAAGGAGAGUGAGGAGAAAGUAGGAGUGGAGGGGGCGAGGGAGAAAGGUUUGAGGGGACAAGGGGAGAAGGAACAAGGGGUGAGGGAGCUUGGGGUGAGGGAACAAGGGGGAAGAGAACAAGGGGUGAGGGAACAAGGAGCGAGAGAAGGCAGGAGAGGCGUGGACAAGUUGAGGGAAGGCGAAAAGAGACCUCUGUCUAGGGAGAAAGAGCUGAGAGAUGCAAGAAUGGAACGGGGGAGGAAGGAGCUGGAGAAAGAGGGGGUGGUGAUGAGGCGACCUGGGCAGGUGGGAGGCAGGGGCAAGGCAGAAGCGAGGGGGGACGUGGGAGGGCGGCAGGUGGGUGGUCCUGGUGGGCAAGCGGGAAAGAGUCCCGUGGGUGAGUCGCUUGUGGGCUUGAAAAGGAAGGCGCGGUGGGAUGGUGGUGGGACAGACGCUGCUGAGGAGGGCAGAAAGCACGGUGGGAAAGGGCUGCUCCGGGGGCCUGGGACAGCGGCAGCAGGAACAGCAGCAGGAGGAGCAGGAGCAGGAACAGGGGACGGUUCUAAGGCAGCAGGAGGUGGUGCGAGUGGUGCUGUAGGCGCAGGUACCCAACGGCCCAGUCCCAGGGCGUGGAGAGGGCGUGACUCAGAGGAGAUUUGGAAGGAGCUUGGACAGAUGGGGCUGUUGGGCGAAGGGGACGAGGAAGAGGGAGCAGGCAGAGCGGUUCAAAUGGGGAUGAGUGUGGUGGCAGGAGGGGAGGCGGGAGAGGAGUAUGUUAAGGUUCAACUGAGUGUGUGUGAGGGGGCGGUGCUUGGAGCAGGGGCCGUGAGGCGGGAGUUCGUGGGGGAUUUGAGGGUGUAUAAGAGGAGAAAAGUGAGUGGGAAGGGGUACAGUGCGGUGGAAGAGCAGCAAGGGGGCAAGGUGGUGGGAAGAGCGUUACCGGGGCUGAAAGCGACUGCAGGGGGAAAAGGCGCCUGGGGAAAGGGACCUGGGGAGAUGGGUGGGGGUGGGGAGCAAGGAGCAGGGGUGAAUGGCCCUGGGAAGAAACGAGGCAAGGAUGGGGCUGAGGGGAGGGGCGAUGCAGUGGUGGUGCGAUCUAGGUUGCUGCGAGGGGGAACGGACGCUGGGGGUGGGGAGGCGGAUGAAGGGGAGAGUGUGAGAGGUAAGGGGUUGAGUGGAGGGAAGAAAGGGGCGGGACAGGAGGGACGGGUGCAAGGGCUUGGUGGGUUUAAGAGUAGCAGUUUACGGAAGGGGGUGGGAGACGAGGGGGAUGGGGGGGAAGCGGGUAAAGGUGUGAGAAAGAAGCUGGUUGGGAAGGGUUAUGAAGGGGUGAAGGAUGCCAGGGAGACAGGGAGUGGGGCAGGUGAGGAGGAAGGGGGGAUUAGCACUCGGACUAGAAGAAAGGGGCUUGGGGGUGGUGAUAGGGGCAGACAAGGUGCUGUGGAGGGGCGCGGGAAAGAGCAGGGUGAGGAAGAGAGCAAGGAGGAGGAGGGAGAGGAUGAUGAGAAGGAAGAGGAAGACGAGGACGGGGAGGAGGAGGAUGAUGAGGAUGAGGAGGAUGAAGAGGAGGAGGAGGAAGAGGAGGGGGAUGCGUCGUCUGAAGAUUCAGCUGGAUCAGAAGUUGUGGAGGUGGGGGAGGAGGAUCAGCAGGUGGAGGUAGCAGGGGGCAGGAGCAAGGUUGAGAGGCGAGGGGGAGUAGCACCUGGUGGUGUGAGAGAUGCGGUGAGGGAGCGGGCAGGGCAGAGGGUGCAUGGGCAGGGGGGAAGAGGGCCAGGGCCGUUGCAUGCGGCAGGGAGGAGAGGAGUGGGGCCGUCAGCAGCAGCCGAGGCCCAGGGCCGGUUGUUGGAGCGCAAGGGGCUAAGGGAAGGAGACAGGCCGAAGCUGCAGGGUCCCCACGAGGGACCCGUCCCCUCUCGGCCAUUCAGAGCGAGCUUUUCUAAGCCAUCCGCCCCCAACCCCGCCGCCACUGCUCCUAAACCCUCCGCUCUUUCUGCCCUUACUCCGGGGCUUGGUUCAGCGGCUGUGCCUAGUACUGCUGCUGCCCUGCUAGCCUCCUCCCAGCCAAGCAUGCGAGAUCUUCUCAAAACCGCUGCCAAUGCAAAGAAGGCUCUUCUCACCUCUGCCUCUGCCCCCUCUCUACUGCCGCCUCCCAUCUUCCCUCCACCUAUCUUUCCCCCUGGCGUUCCCCCCCCUCCGCCUGGCUUCGGCCCCUCACCAACCUCAUUCGCCGCACCGCCACUCCCGUUCCCCGCGUCUCCUACUGCUGCAGACCCUUCCGGACCUUCGUCAGCCUCCGCUGCUGCUGCAGGUGGCUCUGCAUCUCUUUUCCCUGCCAUGCCCGCGGAUGGCCCUGAUAAUGCAAGGGGGGAGCCUGCGGGGGGUUUUCCUCCUGGGUUCAGUAUGGGCGGGGGUUCCCCCAGGCGAGUGGCAGAUGCAGGACCGGCAGGGGACGGUUUGGGUGGGAGCGGUGGUGCUGCAGGGGUUGCUGGGGAUGAGAAAGAGGGCGACGGGGCAGGUGGUGCGAGUGGGGAGGGGAGGGCACAGGAAGGGAGAGGGAUGGUUGACGGGCAGGAGGGUGGGGUGAGUGGGCAGGAGGAGAAAGGUGGUUUGCCUGGGGAUGGGGAGGAUGGGGCAGAGGGGUGUAAGGCUGGUGGGGAUAGUGCAGCAGGGGUAGGAGGUGUGGGGGAUUCUGCAGUGAUGAGGGAUACGUUUGGGGGCAUGCUGGAAACGCUGUCUCGCACCAAGGAGAGCAUUGGCCGCACCACACGGCACGCCUUGGCAUGUGCAUGCCUUGGGAUUGCAGACCAGGUGAUGGAGAUGGUGGUGUCACGGCUGGAGAACGAGAUGAGCAUGCACCGCAAGGUCGACCUCUUCUUCCUUGUCGACUCCAUCACCCAGAGCUCGCACCUCAAAGGUGGGCCUCCGGCAGUGUAUCCGGAACUGGUGAAGGACGCCUUGCUACGCAUCGUCACGGCUGCUGCCCCUGCCGGCCCUGCUGCUCACGAGAACCGCCGCCAGUGCAUCAAG